AUGGAAAGAUUUAAUAGAGCAUGCCUUGACAUACAAAAUCUUCCAACAGAAGCGGCCAUCAUGGGGCUCAUCAACGGCCUACGAGAAGAACCUUUUAGUCACUCCAUAUCCAAAAAAUACCCAAUAUCUCUGAACGAGAUACAGGAACGGGCAAAAAAGUACAUCAAUAUGGAGGAGAACUCCCGAUUAGGAGAAACCUUAAAGAUUGGAUUCUCCUACCAACCUUGGGAUAAGGAUAAAGAGUCCAGGAAAAAAGAAGACCAAUUUGCUGAGAAGCCCAGGAAAUAUUACAACUACACCCCUCUUCAGGUGUCCCUUGUAGAUGUCUACCGAGAAAUAUGCAACACGGAAAAGAUUCCACCCCCUCGUUCGAUUAAACAUAAGAGAGGAGGAAGUCGGACAGAGUAUUGCAAAUACCAUCGAAUUUAUGGGCACCCUACCAACGAGUGCUACGACUUGAAGAAUGUCAUAGAAAAGCUGGCCCAAGAAGGGAGAUUAGAUUGGUUCCUAGCCAAUAGAGUGGAUGAGCCAAAAAAGAAAAGAAGGAACGAAGAGAAUGGAAGAGCUGAACGUCCCCCUAACACCCCUGAAAGACAUAUCCACAUGAUCAAUAGAGGAUUUUCAGGAGGAGGAAUUUCUAAAUCAUCAAGCAAAAGACACCUUAAAGAGGUGUACCAUGUUAGGGAAGGGGACAGGUCACCCGAGCUCCCCACUAUCACCUUCACUCAAGAAGACGCCAUGGGCAUCAUUCUUGGGCAUGAUGACCCCGUAGUCGUUACCAUCAUAUUAGCCAAUGCCAAUCUCCACCGAACAUUGGUUGACCAAGGAAGCUCUACGGAUAUACUGUUCAAAUCCGCCUUCGACAAGCUUGGCUUACAAGAGAAAGAGCUCAAAGCAUAUCCUAAUAGCCUAUUUGGACUCGGAGACGCCCCAAUCCAGCCACUUGGAUACAUUCUGCUACACACGACCUUCAGAAAGGGGACACGAUCUAGACGCUAA